AUGGAAGAAGAUCAACAACAACAACAACAACAACAAUUUAAUAGUAAUAAUAAUAAUAAUGAUGGAGACGAUGAGCAAGUCACAGCAGCGACAAUGAGUCCUCUACCAUCAUCACCAGCAUCGAUGAUAAGUUGUGAUGAUAGCGAGGAGGUAGAGAUGUUUGUAGAUAGCAAGCAGAAUCGUAGAUACUCUGUUGCUGCAGACUCGACAGCAGCAGCACAACCCAUAUCACAGGACGGUCACGACAUUCCCAUCAACUUGCCAAUAUCAUCAAAUCCACAGGUUAUGACAAUGUCAUAUGACAGCAGCUCAGUUGCAUCGUCUUCUUCAGUACCCAUGGUACCUGUAUCAGUGUCACUGACCGCUCCAUUGAGCUACAAGAGUACGAUGGAUAAUGCAGCCAAUAUGAACAAGGUGCCUAUCACUAUCACACUCGACAAAGUAUCGGUUAUACUUAAAAAAGACCAAAAGAGUAAAGAUGGAGGUUCAUCAUCAUCGUCUGGAGCUACAUCACCUCCACAAAGUAGAAAGAAAAAGCUAUUAAAUAGUAUCAGUGCAGUGAUACGACCUGGUCAAUUGACAGCUAUCUUGGGUGGGUCAGGAUCAGGUAAAACAACACUGCUAAAUACUAUUUCUGGACGUUACGAUUCAUCACAGAUGCGUGUAGAUGGAGAUGUAUUAUUUAAUGAUAUAGUGUCGCCACCACAUUCACUCAUCAAGCGUAGUGUUGGGUAUGUCAUGCAAAAGGAUUAUUUGUUACCCAAUUUGACAGUACGUGAGACACUCAUGUACAAUGCUCUCUUGCGUAUCCCAUCGUCAGUGUCACAUGAAGACAAGGUGAAACGUGUCGAAGCUGUUAUAUCAGAACUUGGUCUGCGUGACUGUGCCAACACUCGUAUUGGAGGUGCUGGCAAAAAGGGUGUGUCUGGUGGCGAGAAGCGUAGAGUGUCGAUUGGAUGCCAGCUGCUUACUGACCCAAGUAUAGUGUUUGCCGAUGAGCCUACAAGUGGUCUAGACAGUUUCACAGCCUUUCAAGCCGUAAACACUCUCCAAUCGAUUGCAAGGCAAAACCGUACAGUCAUUUGCACGAUCCACCAACCACGAUCCGAUAUUUUCAAAUUGUUUGAUCAGGUCAUGUUACUUUCCAAAGGUCAACUAGUAUACAUUGGUGAUAUUCCAUCCAUGCACCAACACUUUUCCAAAUUAAACUUUAUUGUUCCCAAGUUGGAGAAUCCUGCUGAUUAUUUUAUUGACAUUUGUUCAAUUGAUUAUAGAUCAUUGGCAUUGGAACAACAAUCAGUUGAUAGAUUGAGACUGUUGAUUGAUGGAUACAAUGGAUCGAGUUUACACGAGAAUUUAUUAGAGGAGAUUGGUAGACACCGUGCUGAAAUUACUCAACAAGAUGUGGAGGUGGUCAAGACUGCCAAGGGUUUAAAGAGGAUAUUUGCGGGUGGCAGUAGGAAUAGGGAGGAGGACAUGAAACUGUCAUCUCAGUUGCGUGAAGAACUACCAUUUUACAAGUCAGUACCAAUCUUGACACGACGAUCCUAUGUCAACCAUUUACGAGAUAUUGAAGCAUCGAUCACUAGAUUCUCACAGAUCGUGUCAUUUGGCUCACAAUCGCUCGAUGGAAAUGGUACAGUCUGCCCCAUUUCCAACGGUGAGCAAGUACUCACAAACUAUGGAUGGGAAGAUACCAACAUCAAUCAUUCCAUUGCCAUCAUGGUAGCAUUAUCAGUUGCUUGGAGAAUCAUCUCAUUAUUAGCUUUACAAUUCAAAAAAACUACCAUUACAAUGUAUCUAAUACUUUUAACAUUAACAUUAUUUUUUAUUCAAGAUUGGAGUGGUGAUCCAAUUAAAAAUGUACCUCUUUCGUGUCUCAACUCAAAAGGUGAAGCAGUGGAUUUGUGGAUUCACAUUUCUGAUCCGUCUGGCGGACCUGUGACUAGCAUGUAUGGUUCUGGUCUCUAUAUGGAUAGUUCAAUGAAUGAUGUUGAACUAGUAAAGAACAAAGAUUUUUUCUUUAACUUGAUUCAUGUCGACCUAGAAAAGGCUGAGGAUAUAAACGCAAAUAUCGUUAAAAUUGAAUGGUCCCAUGAACUACCAAAAGGAAAAGGAAAUCCAUACUAUCAAUCCGAGUUUAAAGAAGGUCAUGUAAAGGCAAGAUUGGGACCAAGCAAUUCUCCAAAGGGUCCAUCUUAUCAGAUUGUUAAAAAAGAAAUUGAUGAUCCCAAUGCAAAGAAAUGUGAUGAGAAAUGGUUUGCCUACUCCCAACAUAUUGAUAGAGAAUCAAAGGUUAAAGCUAAUGGUGAAAUCCUUCUUUCAAAUAUGUUAAAAAAUGAUAUGGUAUACAAAACUACAAUGGAAAAUUGUGUCAAACACACUCAAACUCUUGGUAGUUUUAACGUUUACUCUUUUUAUGCAAGAAAGAUUACAAAUUGUCGUGAUUUAAAGACUGUACAAAAAGAUGAUGCCAAGUUCGCCCAUCUUCUCCUCCUAGUUUUCAUCUUGAAGAUUCAAAAACCAGGUGUAACAAAGUUCACAUGUACUUUCUUUGAUCAUGGAAUUGAUCCUUGGCUUGUAGUUGCCCAUCAAUAUAAAAAGCUUUUCUAUCAAGUAUCAUUUCCAUCACUUUUUGGUAAUGAUUUUGGUGUUGCAGUCAUAGAAGGAUGGAACGAUGUUUUUAGUGGUUCUGGUAAUGGUAAUGAAGAGGAGGGGGAGGAGGAAUUGUUGGGUAGUGAUGACGAUCCAUUACAAGAGAAAGUCAAAGUUAUCAGAAAUACCCAUGAAAAACUUAUGGUAUCUGAUGAUGGAAUAGUCCUUUGUCUUGGUGAUUCCAAUCGAAAUGACUUUUCAAUUCAUCAUGCUGGUAGCAUUAUAUAUUAUGUAUUUACUUUAGAGUCUUACAACUUGGCUAGAGUAUCUAAGAAAUGGUUUCAACUUGUAUCAUCACUCAUCACUCAUCUCAAUGAGAAUGAUGAUGUUUGGCUUAAAUCUGAAGAUGUAUUUGCAAAGAUGAUUAAAGGACAACAACUUACUGAAUAUUCUAUCAUUAAACAGUUGGAAUCUGUUACUGUGGGUGACUAUGAUCAAAAGAAGGGACAGUUGAAAGAUAUUCAUUCACCACUUGAACAUCUUUUCAUCCCUGCUCAUUUGGUUGACAAUGAAAACUCGAUCAAUAUUGAAGAGUUCUUUGGUCAAUGUUCAAACAUAUUCACAUCACUUUCAUUGAAUAUAGAAAAUGACAGAACUCAUUCAACGAUAAAGAUUAUUUCAAGAGAUAUCAACCAGUAUUUGCCUCUAUCAAAGACAGUACCAAUAUCAAACACUUUAAUGGAUCAUCUCACACCAACACCCAUUGAAAAGAUAACAACCGAUAUUAGAAGUGGAUUUAUGGAAGCAUUCAGAUCAAACAAUACAUUGACUCAACUUAAAAUCAACUAUUGCUUCUUCCACACACCAACCAUUUCAACCAAUAUUCUCAGUCAAUUGUUAUUUAAAUUUAAAUUAAUUGCUAAUAUUCAGUUACCAGAGGAUAAUAAUUAUCUCACAAUCACCUCAUCAUUUCUUUUGAUAAUAUCAACCAACUCUCAUCCAAAUUUAAAACAUUUGAAAUUAGUAUUCAUUGUUGACGGUGGUCGUAGUGAAGAGAUGGAAUUGGAAAAGAAAAUCUGCAUUGGAUCCGUGGUUAAUGAUUAA